UUUCAGUCAGUUCUCAGUUCUUCGUCGUAUUCACUUGCACAAAAAAGGAUAAUUUCACUGAUGUGGUGCACAGUCAUAGACUUCUGGAAAAAUAUAAAAUAAUUAAAAAGACAAAAGGAAAAAACUCAUACAACAGGACAAAGGAGAAUUUUCCAUUAAAUUGUGUGAUGAAACUGUAAAACAAUUAUUAUUUAUAAUUAUCGGUGUAUUGCAUUGAAUAAUAUUGUGUACCUUUGUUUUUAAUUGGAUUUUUAAAGUUCUUGAGAUUGGAAAAAAAUGAACUUCGUUACAAGAUUUAAUUAGUGAUUCCAUAAGGAAGUGCUGACCAAAACAGGAAGAAAUAGGACUUCCUAUCUGUGAAGUUGAAGAGGAGUUGAGAAAAAAACUUCAAAUCAAUUCAAGUUUACUUAAGAACACUCUACCCAGCUGGGAAAACAAGUCUGCUGCUAAAGCAAUAACAUGCGUGGCCUUGGCGAAGACACAACUUUGAUUGUCGCCAGUUCUAAGAAAUCCAAUUUCAAUAAUAACAAUCACAGCCAGAAAAAGUCUGGCAAAUACAUAAUGCAGUCGGCGUCUUCAUCAUCGACUAUUGCCUCAGCAUCCUCGUCAUCGGGUGGCUCUGGUUCUGGUUCCACGACAACAACGGCGGCAGCGGCAGCGGCGGUGACGGCAGCCAUGGUCUCGAAUAACAGCAACAAUAAUUCCAAUAUGUCUACGACAAUUGCCCUGCCAAAGGCUUCGCAUGCAAACACAAAUGAAGAGAUAGCCGGCGGAGUACAGGAUACAAUUUACUUGUGUAACUUUCGCGUAUCGGUGGACGGAGAAUGGUUGUGCUUAAAGGAGCUACAGGAUCUGGAUAUCCAGGAUGGCGGUAGAAGCAGGAACAUGAAGGCAAAGAAUCCAAUCGAUGAUAACAAUGGUAUACAUUGUCACAAAGGUUAUGAACGUCAUGUCGAUGUUGCACACGGCUUAAAUAGAUACGAACGCGAUUGGGCUAAUUUUUCACGUGAACCCUCCGAAAUUGAGAGAAGUAAUUUAGUAAACAUUUGCAAGCUCGUUGUUAAGGAACUUCUGGAACAAUCAUUACGCUAUGGUCGAAUGUUGGAUUCUGAUCAUUUGCCAUUGCAACAUUUUUUCAUUGUCAUUGAGCAUGUUUUGGGUCAUGGUUUAAGACCGAAAAAGGGUCUUCUUGGACCACGCAAGGAGCUUUGGGAUCUUUUGCAAAGUGUUGAAAACUAUUGUAUUGAAGCUCAAGACAUAACAGCCAGUGUACGUGAUCUACCGACAGUAAGAACUCACAUUGGUCGAGCCAGAGCUUGGCUGAGAAUCGCCUUGAUGCAGAAAAAACUUGCUGACUAUCUUCAAGCUCUAAUAGAACAUCGUGAUGAUGCCUUGAUAGAGUACUACGAACCGCACGCCUUAAUGAUGAGUGAUGAGAUUGUGGUCAUAAUGGGUAUCCUAGUCGGGCUGAAUGUUAUCGAUUGUAAUUUGUGUGUAAAGGAGGAAGACUUGGAUUCUCAACAAGGUGUGAUUGACUUUUCCCUGUAUCUACGCUCAAGCUCAAGAGGUGCCGAAACCGAAACCGAUGAAGAUGGCAACAAUGCUCUCGAAGGUCCUGGUGGCAAUAUGAUUGCAGUUCUCGAUCAGAAAAACUACAUUGAGGAACUUAACAGGCAUUUAAAUGCAACAGUAGCAAAUUUACAAGCUAAAGUUGAAUCCCUUACCACGACGAAUGCUUUAAUGAAAGAGGACUUGGCUAUUGCUAGAAACAGUCUUCUAGCCUUACAAGCUGAAAACCAGGCUCUCCGACAAAAUACUCAUAGCCAGCAUAAUCAAAUAGUUCCUGCUGCUUCCAUGCAAUCCAUACACAGUGACCAUAGUUCAAGCUCCAGCAAUAAAGCCAUAACCGAGGCUCAACACGCUGAAGCUCUUGCCGAAGAGCAAAAGAAAUCCGAAGAACUAGAAAAGGAACUCAAAUUACAGGUAUCCUUGAAGGCUGAGUCUGAUAUGGCUAUGAAAUUGCUAGAAAAGGACAUUCACGAGAAACAAGAUACAAUUAUAUCCCUACGAAGACAAUUGGAUGAUAUUAAGCAAAUUAAUUUGGAAAUGUAUAGGAAGUUGCAGGAAUGCGAAGAAGAACUCACCCAAAAAGGCGAAAUGGUAUCGCGUCUCCAAACGAAAGCCUCACAAAUCGGACACAUCCUUCAAUCACUUGAAAAGAAAUACGAAGCCAAACUGGGGCCAAACGAUGUUCUCAAAGAUUUCUCCACAGCUAAUUCAGCCGAUAAAUCACCCGGCACCAGACGUCAACAGAAUCUCCAAAAAUUCGAUGCCCUAAGUAAAAAACAUAAGAACGACAUUGGUCCGCCAUCGAAGAGAAUGCAUUUGAAAGUUGAUGCCAUACCACCAUUCAAUCCAACCAAGGUUCGUAAAUCACCAAGUGGACUACAACCCUCAACGACCCCACCAUCACGAGAUCCAGAUCCAGAUGGCGCUGUUCUGCCAUCAACUGUUGUCGAACAAAAGUUCGAAAUUUUUUCGAAUCUAUCAUCAGCGACCCAAGCUAAAAUUGCCAACGAACAAAAGGCAGCUAACUAAAUUAUGUCAUUUAAAAAAAAGUGAUUUUUUUUUAAAUUUUUUUUGUUGCAGUGUUUGAUUAUUUACUUAAUUAAACACAAUUUAAUAUAAAACAAUAAUUUUAUGAAAAUAUAAAAAAUCAUUUAAUUCAAAGUUACUGAAUAAAGCUUUACAAUAAAAAAAAAACAUAUAAUAACAACAAUUCUUAAGCUGCUGCUUAACUAACAACUACUAAAUUCUAACUAACUGUGCAACCUAGAAUGUAUUCUAAAACAUUUCAAAAACUAUCUUUCUUAUUAUAAUUACUGACCUUAACACAACAUUUAUAAUUUUGUAUCUCUUUGUUCGUUCUAAUAUACAAACAUUAACACAGUGUAAAUACGUGGUAUCCGUUCGUUAGAAUUUUCGUUCGAAAUUAUCUGUCAUUCUAUUCGAUAAAUUUACAAAAUAUGACAGAUAAUGUCAUAACAAUUGUCUUUGCUAUUGCAUAUCAUCCGCAUCGCAUGUAUGGCACAUUUUCAUAUUAACAUUUCUGUUUUGCAUAUCAAAUGUCAACCAAUCUUAUAAAUAAAACCCAAUAUGUUCGUUUAUUCUCACUUAAUGCAAGAAUUCCGAAAAAUGUUCACAUAUAGUAAAUCAUCGAUUGAAACUUCGAAUUUUAUAAAUUGAUUAUUUAUCUUAGUUAAUGUCAUCUCCUUUUUUUAUAAUUCACAAUUUCGCAAAAUAAAUUAUAAAUAUUCAGUUCACACUUUUUCUUUUGUCAGUCAUGAAAUUUUUCGAAAUGAAUAAGUGUGACAUUUGAUUUCGAAAAACGUCUAUUUCGCUAUUUCGAAUAGUUUCUUUUUUCGAAAAUCGAAAAGAAGAAGAAAGAAAUUAAAACUAACGACUUAUAAAAUCGAAUUAAAUCGUACGGUAGACUUAAAUUUCUUUGAAAUUGCAUUUUUAUUAAUCACAUGUUUUAUUUAAUAAUUCUUUAGUUGCUCAAAACAAUGUCUGACAGUUAAAUUUAUAUUAAGCUAAGAUACAAAUUAUGGUGAUUGUUUCACGCAUAUGAAAGCUUGCAAAAGUCAUUAUUUCGAAAACACUGUCAUUAAUGUUAAGGUCACUUAAAAAAAUGCGUUCAUUUUUAAUAAAUUUGCUUAUUAUUAUACGGUUUUCUAAGUUUAACUUAAAUAGUUGAAAAAUGCAAUUUGUCAAAUCGCACGUUCGCUUUAUUCGAAAUAACAAUAAAUAUUGACGCUUGGUUUGAUUGCUUUGCGAUUCAAGAUAACUUAAGACAUAAUACAACGAUUUAUUGUCAAUGUCAAACACAUUCAAAUAUAUGAUGUCACUUUGCAAA